UCGAAGUCGGCAUCACGAAGCGCUGGAUAAUAACGGAUUGGUUGGAAUUAGUAAAAACACAUUUCGCGCAGAAUUGAAGCAAGCGGGGAUGGAAGAUGAUGGAAGACAGGGGUCCCCGAGUAGCUGACUAUUUUGUGUUGGCCGGCUUAACUGAGACCUCCACUCCUUUGGACCAGGAAAUCCACUUCCAUGAUGCCUGCCACAAAACUGCCCGACCCAAAACACCCAUCACUGAUGUCGCCGUGGUUAUGCGAUCGUUUGGCGAGGAAGUUCCACCAGGAUACACUUGUGUAGAAAAAACACCCACUGGCCUCUCAGCCAACCUGAACAAUGGCAGCUUGAUGGCCCCCCAGAUUUAUAUCUGCUACAGGCGAGGCAGAGACAAACCCCCCCUUACCGACAUAGGUGUGUUGUAUGAAUGGAAGGAGAGGUUAAAACAAGGCUGUCACAUCAUCCAAACCACGCCCUCUGGUCGCUCCGCCAACCUAAGUGGCACAUCGUCCCAGCGCAUAUAUAUCACCUACCGCCGAGCCCCGGAGAGCAUGUCUCACACCUCGCUGGCUGUAACAGACAUCUGUGUCAUCAUCCCAGGAAAAGGGGAGACUCCUCCUCACACAUUUUGCAGAGUGGAUAGGAACCUCAACAGCAGCAUGUGGGGUUCCUCUGUCUUUCUCUGCUAUAAGAAAUCUGUGGCCAAAACCAACUCAGUUGCAUAUAAAGCAGGUUUGCUUAGCCGGUAUCCCGAGGAGGACUAUGAGUCGUUUCCAUUACCAGAGUCAGUGCCACUUUUCUGUUUGCCCAUGGGUGCUACCAUUGAGUGCUGGCACCCUCACACCAAAUAUUCACUACCUGUCUUCUCAACAUUUGUUUUGACCGGCGCCUCCGGGGAAAAGGUUUACGGUGCAGCCAUUCAGUUCUAUGAGCCUUACCCUGAGGAGCGUUUGACUGAAAGACAGCGAGUACAGCUGGGAUUACUAAAUCUGGAAUCUAGAUCCACACAUCCCCCAAAAAACAAUACACACACGCCGAGAGCCGUCCACACCAACAAGUGCAUAUGCUUACUCUCACAUUGGCCCUUCUUUGACGCUUUCCGGAAGUUUUUGACUUUCCUUUACCGUUACUCUAUAUCCGGCCCCCAUGCUCUACCCAUAGAGAAACACAUCUCUCACUUCAUGCACAAAGUACCAUUCCCUUCUUCCCAGAGGCCACGGAUCCUUGUGCAGUUGUCUCCUCAUGACAGUCUGCUGCUGAGCCAACCUGUAUCCUCUCCUCUCCCUCUCAGUGGAGGUCGGUUCUCCACACUCCUGCAGAACCUGGGACCCGAGAAUGCAGUGACGCUUUUGGUCUUUGCGGUGACAGAACAUAAGAUCCUGGUGCAUUCUUUACGUCCAGCUGUUCUGACCAGCGUUACUGAGGCCCUAGUAUCUAUGAUCUUCCCAUUCCACUGGCCAUGCCCAUAUAUACCUCUCUGCCCACUGGCAUUGGCAGAUGUGCUAAGUGCCCCCUGCCCAUUCAUUGUGGGAGUUGACUCAAGAUAUUUUGACCUCUAUGAUCCUCCACCAGAUGUCAGCUGUGUGGACCUAGACACAAACACCAUCUUACAUACUGAAGACAAGCAAGCUCUGACCUGGAAGGUCCUGCCAAAGAAGGCCUGCAGAAACUUGAUGAACGUCCUUGACAAUCUCUAUCAGGAACUAAUUGAAGGUCAGAGACCCAGAGAUGACAUUCUUAUGGACAUGUCUGUGAUGGAGUUGGAGCUGAGCAGUGGUAGGAGUUUACAGACUGUGGAACUGGAGAUUCAGGAGGCUUUUCUGCGUUUCAUGGCGGCCAUCUUAAAGGGCUACCGCUCCUAUCUCCGCCCUAUCACCCAGGCCCCCUCUGAGAAAGCCACCGAUGCCAGCUCACUGUUUGACCUGCAAGGUUUUUUGAGGAGUCGUGAUCGCUCUCAUCAGAAGUUCUACUCUCUCAUGACUAAAACUCAGAUGUUCAUCCGUUUUAUCGAGGAGUGCUCCUUUGUCAGCGACAAAGACGCCAGCUUGGCCUUUUUUGAUGACUGUGUUGAAAAGCUUUACAGUGCGGAGCGAUGUGCCGACAGACCUAAGGUUGAUGGUGACCGUGCAGAUGAGAGUCGGUUGAUUGAGCUGGAUGAGUCUCAUCGUAGUGAACACACAGUCUUCAUCACUCCUCCUGAACUACCACCUCUGCCUGAGGGGGAAGAGCAUCCUCUCCACUACAGUUACAGUGGAUUCCCUGUAUUAACCGAGAAGCUGUUUGACCGAGUUGAUGGUUUGCGGACACAUGCAUCACUCCUUGCGUCACGUCAAAGUUGCCCCACCAGUCCUGCCCCCAUGUUCCGACGAACAAAGCAGGAGAUAAAGUCAGCACAGAAGAUGGCUAAGAAAUACUCCUCAGUGCCUCAGCUGUGGUCUAAGUGCCUGCUACGACACUGCUAUGGGCUUUGGUUCAUCUGUCUGCCUGCGUAUGUUAAAGUGUGCCACUCCAAGGUACGGGCUCUACGGACUGCGUAUGACGUACUGAGGAAGAUGCAGGCCAAGAAGCUGCAGCCACCAGAUGAGGUAUGUUAUCGUGUUUUGAUGCAGCUCUGUGGCCAGUAUGGUCAGCCGGUCCUUGCCGUCAGGGUUCUGUUUGAGAUGAAGAAGGCUGGCGUUCAUCCAAAUGCUAUCACCUAUGGAUAUUACAACAAGGCUGUGUUAGAGAGUACCUGGCCCUCCAGCACUAGAGGAGGAUACUUUCUGUGGCUGAAACUGAGGAAUGUUAUUUUGGGGGUGGCUCAGUUCAGACAGGCCCUAAAGAAACAGCAGCUUCAUGCCUCACAAACCCCUUUAUCAGAUGGCAGUGACAUGGACGCUCUGAGUCAGGCCAGCCUGGAGAGCUCUAACGACACUAACCCAGGCGACUUACACAAAGUAGAUUCCACAGACGAUAGAUCUAGUACAGGUGAUCAGUCUGAUCUGGGCUACAACUCACUGUCUAAAGAGGAGGUGAGGAGAGGAGACAGUAGCGCAGCAGAACACAACACAGAGAAAGAAGGGAAGAAAGAGAGUGAUUGCAGCUCACUCUCAGAGACUGAGAGUGCCAAAGGCAGCGGUGACUGUCUCCCCCAACUCGCCCUCACAGAGGUGUCUGCACUAGCCCAGCGACGCUCUGGCAUUGUCCGUAGGAGCUGUCCAUAUGACAGUCAGCCAGAAAACUCUCUCUCUGCAGAUCAUGUAGCAGGGCUACUCUUCUCCUCCUCUCUUGAGGACAUUGGUGUGAUACAUGGCAGCAGCAGUCAGCACAGACCCCACCACAGUGUUUGCCAGGAGGUAGAAGACUCACUGGACUGGCCUGGUGUCAGAGGUCAUCAUCACAGCGAUGAACUCUCAGGUGCCACUCCGGUGCUUGGCUUGGGUUUGAGUCAAGGUGAGACGGAUCCUCACAGAAUAGCAGACACUCUCGGAGAAGAUGCCAAAAUUCUUUCUGAAACCCUACAAAAGAGUAGGAGACCCAGCACAUUGGAUAUCAGUGCAACACGCCACAAAUCAGCAGAAAGCCAAGACAGGGACUCAAGCGACGAUGACAAAGCAGACCCUGAUGCCAAUGCCAUCUUUGCAUUAGAAGAUCUGGAUCUAGAAGCAGAGAGUACGGCGGACAAGGAGGAGCAGAGUGUCCCUGUAGCUUGUGCAGUCAAGCGGACUGGCAUUGAGGCAGGCUUUGACCCAUUGUCACUCAUGGCAGCUGAGUGUGCAAAGAAAUCAGAGUCGAGUCAUGAUGAGCUCGACACGCCCAUCGCCCGUCGCCACCUUGCCGAGGAGAUUGAGAUGUACAUGAACUAUAUGGGCAGCCCACUCAGCAGUCGCGCCACCAGCAUGGAAUUGCCUGACCCCUCCAGCCCCCUCCUAACUCCCUUGAUGGGAUCACACCAAUCCAGCCUGCCCCCUAGCCCUCCCCAAGGGAUCAGAGUUCCCCGCUCCAAUACUUACCACACACCGGCGCACACACCCUCCCAAACCCGGGCGCGUCUCUGGUCCUCUCCACCUUGCCCACAAGAUGCCCCUCGGCGCAGCGAGGUGGAGAAAGACCUGGCUGGAUCGGUUGUGGCAUCCCCAUCACCUUACUCCUCCUCCUUUGCAUUGGACUCUCUCCUCACACCAUCACUGGACGUUUUGAGGAGCAGUGUAUUCUCAGCGGGGAAAGGUGUGGCAGAGAAAGCCAGUCGCUGGUAUACUCGCUUGGCCACAUACACCACACCCACAAAGGAUGGGAUGUCAGAUCGCUUGAGCGUAUCACCGUUUGGGAUUGGAGAUGCAGACCGGGCCUCUCUACAGGGAGAGGAGGUUUUUCCAGAUUCUGAGGGGGUCAUCUCACCCCCGAUAAACCCCCACACACCCAGACGCAGUCCCAGGAGGAGCCCCAGGCCGAGCAGAGUGGACAGCCCUGCCACACGUCCCCGACAGCCAGCCCACUCAGGUCAUUCGCUUACUCUGCACAGUUCAUUACAAAAUAAGUCUGAUCUUGGUUCCUCUUGCUAUACCAGUAACACCAGCAUCUUCCAAAACUAUGCCAUGGAGAUUCUGAUCUCAAGCUGUUCACGAUGUAAGACCUGUGAAUGUCUCGUGUAUGAUGAAGAGAUCAUGGCUGGCUGGACAGCUGAUGACUCUAACCUUAACACCACCUGUCCAUUUUGUGGAAACCCCUUCUUGCCUUUCCUCAAUGUGGAGAUCAGGGACCUCAGGGGCCCAGGGAGGAUGUUUUUGAAGAGUAGUCCUUCUACAGAAGAAGGUGUAUCGUCCUCAUAUUCUGUUUCUACAGGUCUGGACACAGGCACAUCCACUCUUUCAACACCCUGUCUCACGUCACCCCCACACCCAACAAACAGAAGCAGUUGCUACUCAAAAGGCCCCUGUAUUGACAUCCCUACAGAACGCAGACAAGGAGCUCUGUCCCCUGGGGCCUCUAUGGCUCGCAGUGUUAGUGCUUUUGGGCCCCUGGAGGAGAUGCCACGUCCCAUACAGUGUGUCCCCUCCUCUAGCCUGCCCAGCCGCCUCAACAAUGCCGCAGACCCCUUGAAUAUGGAGUGGCAUCCACACCACCCAGAGCCCGUGACUGUGCCCUACCUGAGUCCCCUGGUCCUCUGGAAGGAGCUGGAGAGUCUGCUGGAGAAUGAGGGUGAUCAUGCCAUCUCGCUUUUUGCCAUGGUAGACCAACACCCCAUCAUUUUCUGGAACCUUCUUUGGUACUUCAGACGUCUUGGCCUGCCAAGCAACCUUCCUGGCCUCAUACUGACCUCAGAACACUGCAACAGAGGAUCACAGAUACCACGUGACUGGAUGUCUGAGGACAGUAAGCAUGUUCUAGUGCAGAUCCUCUGGGACAACCUCAAACUGCACCAAGACCCCAUCCAGCCUUUCUACAUACUCUGGAACACACAGAGUCUUAACUGCACUCUUUUUCUCAAGAGUCUUAGUUACCCUGUGUGUCGACAUGUGUCCAAGGAGGAAAGCGUGUUUGGGGAGGAGGUGCUACAGAGUGUGGUUAAAAGCAUUCAGAAGAAUGAUGUCUACACGCCAAUGUGCCGUUUACUCCAACUCCUCGCAAGCACUCUGGGAGUGCGAAGGCAAAGGAGUUUAUACCGAGACAUCCUCUUUCUCUCUUUGGUCGCUCUUGGCAAAGAUAACAUUGACAUUGAUGCUUUCGACAGGGAGUAUAAGGUUGCGUAUGACCGUCUGACCCCAUCUCAGGUCAAACUCACACAUAACUGUGACCGGCCACCCAGCACAGGAGUCAUGGAGUGCAGGAAGACUUUUGGGGAGCCGUAUCUAUGA